UUAUGCGUCAUCCAAAGAAAGGAAGAAAAAAAGAUAAAUAAAUAAAGACAUUCCCGAUUUAUCUCGAGACAUCAUUCUCUCCUCAACGGAAGAACGGGAAAAAUCAAAAUCAAAAUGGCUUUGAGCUUGUCCUGUUGCCAUGCCACUCUUCACCUUCAACAACAUCAAGUGGCUUCCAGGAACAACAGCAGCAAGAACCUCGACAAUGUAAGAAGCCUCGUUAAUCGAAUUGGAAUUGCUUCAGUUCAAUCUUCUUCUCUUCAAUCCCUUCAAAAUGGCAACUGGGUUAAGCUUAUUUGCGGUGCAAGUUUCGAGGAUGUGGUUGAUAUUAGGAAUCUCUCUCUUGUCUACACUCUUGCUGGGGUUGAUUGUAUUGAUUGUGCUGCUGAUGCAUCGGUUGUUAGUGCUGUAAAUGAGGGAAUUCAAGCGGCAAGAGGGAUUAUUGGUGUUCGCAGGCCUUGGGUGAUGAUUAGUGUCAAUGAUGACCAAGAUCUUCACUUCCGAAAAGCUGAGUUUGAUCCUGGGAAUUGUCCAAUUGACUGUUCAAGACCUUGCGAAAUCGUUUGCCCUGCCAAUGCAAUCUCACUUCAAGAAGAAGCAUUGAAAGAACUUUCACAAGUGGCUGGUGUAUCUGGAAUAUUGAAGGGUGGAGUAAUCACGGAGCGUUGUUAUGGUUGUGGCCGUUGCUCUCCAGUUUGCCCAUAUGAUAAAAUAAAUCUAGUCACAUAUGUAAGGGAUGCAGCUACCACUGUCAAACUUAUUAAACGGGGCGAUGUCGAUGCUUUGGAGAUUCACACCAAUGGAAGGCAAACCACUUAUUUUCAAGAACUUUGGGAUAAAUUAGGGGACUCAUCCAAAUAUCUAAGGCUAGUUGCAGUAAGCCUACCUAAUAUUGGCCGGGAUUUAACAGUAUCUACGAUGAAAACGAUGUUCUCGAUCAUGGAAUCGCAACUUCAUUGUUUGAACUUAUGGCAGUUAGAUGGACGACCAAUGAGUGGAGAUAUUGGACGAGGCGCCACAAGGGAAACAAUUGCUUUCGCUGCUCAAUUAGCUCGUACCAAUGACCGUCCUCCUGGCUUCCUUCAACUGGCUGGUGGCACAAAUUUUCACACUGUUGAUGGUUUGAAGAAAGAGAGACUUUUUCAAUCGACAUCAACUAUUGAAAAUUCGACAAACGAAGAGUUAUCAAGUUCAUUAAACGCAUUGAUUGGUGGUAUUGCUUAUGGGGGAUAUGCUCGAAAAAUAGUUGGAAGGGUCUUGAGUUCAAUGCAAACACAAAAUGGAGAUGCCAAUAUUGAAGACUAUCCAGACUCUCUGUUGGCUGCACUUGUGGAAGCCUUGACUUUGGUAGGAACUGUCAAAUGUUAUGAUCCUUCUCAUAUCAGCUCAGCAACAAGUUAACUGAUUUCAUUUCAAACCGCAUUUCCGAUACUCUUGUUACUGUAGUUGUCAGCUUUUUGUCGACUACUUUGGCAAACUAAGUUCGAGAAAUCCUAAGGUAGACUUAGACCACUGUAACAAACUUAAUAUAUCAGUUUUCUUUCAUAGAAAA